AUGGCUCCCGCUGUCCCUAGACUGCGGAUCCUGUCAGUGGGCGGAAACGCCGUCUCAGCCUUUCUAUCGUGGCGGUUACAAGCGACAAACGCCUGCGAUGUCACACUUGUGUGGAAGUCGGGAUAUGACAGCGUUGCUCAAUACGGCAUCUCCUUCAAAUCCGCGCUUUACGGCAACGAAAGGUUCAAGCCUCACUCUGUCGUUCGCACACCCGAAGAUGCUGCCCAUUCUUCCAAACAGCCUUUCGACUAUGUUCUCCUCUGCGUCAAAGCCCUUCCCGAUGUAUACGAUAUCGCCAACAUCAUCGAGUCGGUCGUCUCUCCUCAGCACACGUGCAUCCUUAUGAAUACCACACAUAGCCUGGGUGUCGAAUCAUAUCUGGAACAGCGUUUUCCUACCAAUGUCGUGCUAUCAUUGGUAUCUGGAGCAGAGAUUUCGCAGAUUGGAGCAAGCGAGUUUGAACACAAGGGGGCCACAGACAUAUGGGUCGGCCCUGCGAACAAAAACCCUUCCAUCCCGGCUCAGAUCCAGUCUGACAUGGCAGAGGCUCUUGCCAUGACAUUGGGUUCAGGCCAAGUGGAUUGCAAAGUUUCCACCAAUAUUCGACAACAGCAGUAUGAGCGUAUGAUUGGUCCAAUCGCGUUCCAACCGGCCAGUGUUCUCUUUGAAACACCUAACCACGCAGAGUUGAUCCAAAAGGUCGGCGUUCGUGCCCUUAUCACUGGUGUUAUCGACGAACUCCUCAUGCUCUCCCAAGCUCAGGGUUGCUCAUUUCCCGCCGACUUCCGGGAAACAACAAUCGAUCAGAUGACACAACAUCAGGAGAGCAACAGUACUAUGUGGAUGGACUUCGAGGCUAAGCGCCCUAUGGAGAUCGAAACAUAUCUUGGAUCUCCGUUGAAAUUGGCACAAGAAGCCAACGUCCUGGUCCCACGGAUCGAGACUCUUUAUGCCACUCUCCAUCAUUUCAACAUUGCGAACCGAAAUCGACCAGCUGCCACCACAAUGCCUCUACACUCGCAAAACGGACACCCGCCACCUCCAAGACUCUCAUCGGCACCGCCUUCGCGAGGGCCUUCAGGUCCAGGCGGACCGGGACCCAUGAUGAAUGGAAAUGGCCCGAUGAAGGGUGGACCUCGACCGGGAAGCCGUGCCCCAUCCGUUAACGGAGGACCUCCUCAAAUGCGCCGGGGACCUCCUCCAGGCCCAAUGAAUGGACCCCCUAUGAACGGUGGGCCUAUGAACGGGUUUCCCCCACGAAUGCACAGCGGGCCUAACGGCCAGCGCCGCCCAUCUCUCGAGGACAACACUCUGGAGGAAUUCUCGCAUCUCAUGCUGUACGAUGAAGCAGCCGAGGGUGGGGCCCCCAACGGUAGCAAUGAGAGCGCUGGAAACUCAUCCAACAACCUUGCUCUCCGAGAAAGGGAGCUUAUGCUGAGGCAGCGGGAGCUCCAGCUCAGGGAGCAAGAGAUGAACAUGCGUCGCGGACCCAUGCCUGGACCAGGACCUCGAGGUCGUCCCCCGCCACCCCAAUCAAUAGGUGGUUAUGACGAUGACGACGACGAAGAUGACUUCUUUGACCCAAUGGGCGGUCGUGCACCUGGGCCGCCGAUUGAUCCUGACAAUUUUGACAUGAUGAGCGUCACGUCGCGUCGCAAUCGCAAGGCCCCCAGCGCCAGCCAAAUUCGCAACAAUCCUGAAUUGGCAGCAUAUGGUAGCGGCGGCUCGAACGGGCGGUCAAGGAACCCAUUCUCGCGUCCUGGCAUGAACAAAAACCGUACCAGCGCAAGAACAAUGGCGGAUGUUCCCGGCCUCCAUGAAUCCAUCAUGAACAACCCUCUCAUGGGCUACUCGUCCAACCGAUAUGGGGACGUUGAUCGUGGCGCCAUGGGUGCGCAAUCGAGAACCAACUCACUGACUGCAACGCGUCUAGAUGAGAUUCAAGGGAACGGGAGUUAUGGUGGUGGUGCAUAUCCUUCAAUGAGCCGCCGCACAAGUCAAUCGCCCGGCAACCCUCUCAGCCCUGGCCCCAGACCAAUGGGUCGUCCGUCGCCCCCGAACAGCUACGGUCCCAACAUGAUGCCUACGAACGGGAUGCCUCCCAACGGAAUGCUCCCCAACGGCCGUCCGUCGCCUCCUGGCAUGAGGCAGCCCGUUCCAAGACAUCCCCCGGGUCUCGGAAACGCAGUGGCACCACAACAAGUUGAACAACAUGCCGGGGUGAGCACUCUUUAUCCGCCCAAGUCUCGUCCUCAAGUUCGCAGUCUGACAGGAAGCGCCAGCGCUAGUUCUGAACCGCUGGAUAGCACUGAAAACUCUGCGCACAGUAGCCAGAGUAGCCUGGGACCCCGUCCUGCAGUCGGCGUUCGGUAA